AUGAAAGACGAGCCACCCUAUCCGUAUUUCGUCCUGAAACAAGAUGUCGAGCUCGAGAUCAACUUUCGGGCGAAGCGAAUCGAAGGAAAAUCCCACAUCACGUUUGGCAUGGUCGGAAAUGCCCAGCUUGACGAGUUCGCCAUCGAUGCGCGACAGUCCGAGAUCGACGUUAAGAACAUUACGGUCACCGCCCUCAAGGACCAGAACCCCCUGGGGCCACCCAAAAAGGUGUCAGCGACGUACACGGAUCCGUAUAAGUUACUGGAUUAUCCGAAAUACUAUGACUGGAACGCCUCGCAUCACGACCUUAGGAAGAUCCGGAUGCGACCCCUUAUGCACACUCGAAGGAGCGACGUGCCUGCCGAGAAUAGAGAGCUGGUAGGCUGUACGCCCGCUGAUGGUGCCUUGCGAGUCAGUCUGAGGGAUCUUAAGAAGACCAAGGGAGGUGCUAAGGAUGAACCGGUACCUGGAGCGGGAAUUGCCAAACGGCCGACGCUCAAGAUCCGCGUUUCGAGCGUGACGCCAAAUUCUGCGGAGCUCCCCGAGAGCGAACUGACUAGCUCAAGGGAGUACCGUGUCACGAUACCUUUCAAGACCAAGCUCGUGCGGGAUGGCGUUCAGUUCGUUGGCGUUGAUGCUGGAGAUCUUCGAUAUCCGCAUGCCUAUACUCGACAUUCCAUCGAGCCAGGGACUGCUUCUUGUAUCUUCCCCUGCAUCGACGACCCCGGCACGCUUCCGACGUGGACGAUGGCCGUCAAAUGUCCGAGGACGCUAGGCGACGCACUUUGGCAACCACUGGCUACCCAACACAGGAAUGGUAAUGCCAAUGGCAACCGCGAUCGCGGGGCAAACCAGUCCAAGGCCGACAGAGACUUCGCCCUUACCGAGGAAGACAAGCUUCUGGAGAUGACAGUCGUGUGCUCUGGCAUUUUGUCUGACGAGAUCGUCGAUCCUGAAGACGAGCAGAAGAAGAUUAUGACUUUCGAGAUGGAGAAGCGAGUUGCCGUGCAGAAAAUCGGCUUCGCGGUCGGUCCAUUCGAGCACGUCGACUUAUUCUCAGAUUUUCGCACAGAAGAGAACGACGAGAAACUCGGAGCUAGCGCGCUCAAGAUUCACGGCUACUGCCUCCCGGGAAGAGCUGCAGAGGUCCAGAACACGUGUGCAGCGCUCGCCGCGGCUGCUGACUUCUUCACCCUCACAUUUGCUCGAUAUCCAUUUGACAACUACAAGAUGUGCUUUCUCGAUGACAUGGUGGAGGAUACGGUAGCACUCCAAUCACUCUCCUUCGUUAGCACCCGCCUACUGUUCCCCGAGGACAUCAUCGACCUAGAGGUAGACGUUACAAGGCAAUUGGUGUACAGCCUGGCCUCGCAGUGGAGUGGUAUCAAUCUUUUCCCCAAUACUCGCAGAGAUCUUUGGGUCGUCAUCGGCAUCGCCUACUAUAUGACCGAUCUUUUCCUGAAGAAACUAUGCGGCAACAACGACUACAGGUUCCGGAUGAAAACAAUGUCAGACAAGUUGGUGACCGUUGAUAUCAAGCGGCCGUCACUGCACGAACUUGGGCAUCUCCUGCACAUUGGAGAUUUCGAGAUGGAGUUCAUGGCACUCAAGGCGCCCUUAGUGCUCUUCAUUCUCGACAAGCGGUUGAUGAAAGCACCUGCCCAGACUAAUCUCACGCGCAUCAUUUCGCGAAUUCUUUACAAGGCCAACAUCGGAGAUAGACAGAGCGAAUGGAUUAUCAACACGGAGUCGUUUCAAAGGGUUUGCGAAAAGAAUGCCAGGAACAAACUGGAAGCGUUCUGGAACCAAUGGGUUUAUGGCUCGGGCUGCCCCAGGUUCGACGUUUUUCAACGUUUCAACAAAAAGCGACUCUGCGUCGAGAUGACUAUAAGACAAGUCCAGGAUAAAGCCUUGACUGAAGCUGAGCUCCUGAAGAAAUCAGAAUUUCUUCGCGCCAUCAAGGAGAAGGCCCACGGUGUCAAGACAGACGAAAAGGCCGGUCUUUUUACAGGCCCCAUGACCAUCAGAAUUCACGAAGCUGAUGGAACACCUUACGAGCACAUAGUGGAGAUUCGCGAGGAUGCUGCUAAGGCCGCUAAGUUCGAGAUUCCUUACAACACUAAGUACAAGCGAUUAAAGAGAAAGAGGAGAGCAACGGAAAAGCUCAGCGCCCAGUCUGCUGCCGACCCUGACAAUAACGAAGACGCACUUUUGUAUUGCCUGGGUGAUGUUCUGACCAACCCCGAAGAUAUGAGGAAGUGGGAUUUUUCCGAAUGGGAGCCCGAGAUCGAAAAGGCCAUGGACCAAGAGUCUUACGAGUGGAUUCGGAUGGACGCUGACUUUGAAUGGGCUUGCGAGAUGAAGACAAAUCUCCAGAGCUACAUGUACGUGUCCCAGCUCCAGCAAGAUAGGGAUGUCGUGGCGCAGCAGGAUUCGAUGCUUUAUCUCAAGAAGAGUCCGCCUCAUCCACUGGUUUCGACGUUUCUUACCAGAACCCUUGUCGACCGGCGAUACUUCCAUGGCAUCAGGACAAUGGCUGCAGAGAUGCUAUAUCACCACGCCGCGGAUAAGGUCUCAAUGGCUGGCAUGACCCAUCUACUGAAAGCCUUCACCGAGAUGUUUUGCUACGCCGAUACCUCCAUGCCUCGGCCAAACGACUUUUCCGACAAGAAGCAGUACACCGUGCAGAGCGCACUGCCUAUGGCCAUUGCAAAGAUUCGCGAUGCCAGCGGUAGAUGUCCCGAAGCCGCACGACGGUUCCUUCUGAAUCAGGUUCAAUUCAACAACAAUGCCAAUAACCCGUACUCGGACCAUUUCUACGUUGCCAAGCUUCUGGAGGCUCUCGCCCAUAGCUUGAUUCCAGAGAAGCGACGGGAGUCAGACGAUGCCAUGGAGGUGGACAUGUCAGCCGAAGAGAGAGGUUUCCUUAAGGAGGCUAUCGUCGAGAUUGAUCGCUUCCGUAGGAUGGACGAAUGGGCCAACUCUUACCAGAACAUCUGGACGACCACCGCGCUCGAAUGCAGACGGAAACUCAUGAAAGCCGGAGUGAUUACCAAAAGUGCUGUGGCCUUUGUCCAGUACUUGCAGGAUGACACGUGCGACUUGGUUCGACUCAAGGCUUUCGAGGCUCUGGUGGAUCUGGGUCUGGCUAGCCUCGCCUUUGGAGAGCAGUCGAAGGCCAAGGUGGCGCCUGCUGUUCCUGAUGGCGGGCUCAUGAUUGUGGACAAUACAGAAGCAGAGACGCAGAAGAGGCGAAAAGAAUUUGCUCGAAAGCAGGAUAUCAACGUCGCACUCGAGGCUUUGAGGACAGAGAUGGAAGAACAGUUUUCAGAGCAAGAAGCGGCGCUGGAGCGAGCUUUUUGGAAGGCUAUCAAUUCUAACCUGAUCGGGCGUUCUGAGAAGAUCACACUGCUGGAGCUUUGCGGCACCAUAGUGGAUGCUGCUGACCGAUGGACGAUUACUUUGAAGUAUCCUAAACGAUGGAGAGUUAAUCGUCCUGUCCAGCGUCAACCCGGCAGAAACAUCAUCAACUUCAAGGCGUUCUUCAAGACGGGCAUACCGCAAAAGAUCAAAGAGCCCGAGCCACCGGCGCCAGUACCAGCACCGGUAUCUGCACCCGCGCCUGCUCCUGUCGUUGCACCAUCUCGGCCGCCCGAACCCAAACGACUCAUCGUCAAUAUGAAGAGUGGUGUUGCCAAACCCAGCAAGCCUACGGUCUCCCUUCCACGCCCCGCUCCCGCGGCCUCUCGCCCAUCGCCAGUCUCUGCCGCACAGUCUCCCGUCCCGAGCGCCGCACCGUCGCCUGUCCCUCGGGAGGCAGACUCCAUUGUCGCGCACUCGAAUGCCAAGGCGUCUACCCCAAAGCCGUCGUUCUCAAAGCUCCCCGGGUCAAGACCGCCGAGUGUGAAGCCCGGUAUCGUCAAGGCAGGUAUCGCGAAAUCUGUGGUGUCUUCGGCUUCAUCGUCAUCGUCCAUGCAGCAAAAUGGCCGUUCUACUCCUCAGCCCACACCCGAGCCCGGCAGCAGCAAAUCGCAGAAGCGGCCUCGGCCCGACAAGGUUCCGGGGGUUGAUGAGGCAUCGCCAGCUCUCAAGAAGGCGAAGCUUACUGUUCGGCCUGACGGCACUGUGGUUAAGAAGCGCAGGAUGUUCAAGUUCCGGCAUCCCAACCUCAGGAGGAUCCUGAAGCUGGCCGGCGUCAAAAGCCAGAUGCCCUACAGAGACACGUCAAAGAUUCGCAGACCUGGCACACCGUUGAGUGUUCGUGCCUCUCCCGCCGGAUCACCAGCCCCUCCUCCAUCUGAGAGCAUCAAUGCGAAGCCGGCUCGCAAACCUCUCCCAGGCGCACCGUCCGCGGCCAGUCCUCCUCCACCAGUUCCGGCAUCUCUACCGCCGAAGCCUCCGCCGCAAGCAUCACCACCUCCCGUUGAAGGUCAACCUGCCCCCAAGAAGGUAAAGCUUGUCAUCAAGAAGCCUUCCAGUUCGCUGCCCAAAUAA